UUGCCUUAGAGUCUAUGUUGAGGAAGCACACAUAACGGUACAUGGACACUACCGGCAGGUGACAAGACGUUUACUCGGUAGCGUAUAUUACUGCUGUGUGGAGCAUAGAGAGGACACCUCUCCUCUGUGAUAGCAACACUCCUGAUGUCCUCUACAGGCGACCCAGAGCAAGAUGAAACCAGCAAACCAUCACGUGGUGCCAGGACUCUCGCUUUGACUGUUUGCUCUGCUGCCAUUGGAGGCACCUUCCAGUAUGGAUACAACAUCUCGAUUAUCAAUUCACCUACCAGCUACAUCCAGGUUUUCAUCAAUGAUACCUACGUGAAGCGCUGGGGCACUGGCCUGGAGAGUCCCCAGGUGACACUGGUGUGGACUCUGAUAGUGUCAGCAUUCUCACUGGGGGGUUUGCUUGGUGCCCUGUUAGCAGGACCUCUGGCGGUCCGCUUUGGAAGGAAGAACUCACUGCUUCUAAACAAUUCCUUCUUGUUUGCCGGUGCUGUGCUCGUGCUGACAUGCAGGAUGGCUGAAUCGUUUGAGAUGCUCAUCUGUGCUCGUUUUCUGGUGGGGAUCAACUCAGGGGUCAGUAUGAAUGUUCAACCCAUGUAUUUUGGGGAAAGUGCCCCAAAACACCUCAGAGGAGCUACCGCUUUUUCAUCUGCUGUCUUUACUGCGUUCGGGAUCUUCUUGGGUCAAGUUGUGGGAAUCACCGAAGUUCUGGGUGCAGAGCCUCUUUGGCCCUACUUGCUGGCUAGUAAUGCUUUGCCAGGGUUGAUCCAGCUUCUUACCCUACCCUGGUUCCCUGAAAGCCCCAGGUACCUUCUCAUAGACCGGGGAGACAGGGAAGCAUGUGUCAAGGCGCUUCAAAGACUUCGGGGUGGGGAGGUCCCCGUCUCGGAGAUGGACGAGUUGCUUCAAGAGCAGCAGCUGCAAAAAUCGGCAGCCUUAAAUUCUGGAUCUGCAGCUUCCACAAGGACGCCCUGGUCCCUGUUUAAGAGUCGUGACCUGCGAUGCCAGCUCAGAACGGUCAUGGCAGCCAGUAGUGCCAUGAUGCUCUGUGGCAAUGACUCCAUCUAUUUCUAUGCCUCUUACAUCUUUCUCGAAGCAGGGAUCCCUCCAGAAAAAGUCCAGUACAUCACUAUUGGAACGGGGGCGUCAGAGUUUACCGCCUCCAUACUGAGUAACCUGCUGAUUGAACGUGUUGGCCGCCGGUACCUUCUUAUUGGAGGGUACUGCCUUAUGUCUUGCUGGUCUUUAGUCUUCACUAUAGCUCUUACCCUACAGAGCCACGGGGUGGCUGGGAUGCCCUACCUCAGCAUGGCAUGUGUUUUUGCCUACAUCCUCAGCUUUGGCUUGGGUCCUGCAGGAGUGACCGGGAUCUUGCCAGCGGAAAUAUUUGACCAGGCAUCUCGACCGGCAGCGUACAUGGUUGCCGGCUCGUUUAUGUGGAUCAGCCUGUUCUUGGUGGGAAUGCUGUUUCCCUUUAUAGUCGGCAGCCUGGGAAACAUCUGCUUUCUGCCAUUUAUGGCCGUGUGUGUGGUGUCUUCGGUGUUUUUAGGACUUACCUUACCAGAGACUAAGGGUAAGACGCUUUCUGAGAUUACUGCAGAGUUCGAUAAAAAGAAUGGAGUGAAAAGGGAGAGGCAAGACAUGCAGGUAGAUGACGCCAUUGGGGAUCAGUACAAGUUGGGCAAAGCCUGCUCCUUUACUUCCCUCACACAAGAUCCCGACCAAACGAACCAUGUAUGAAAUUUGAGGCCAAUCAGUUACAGAUCUAAUUGAACACGUAGUGCCUUUGUAACAUCUUUAUGCACUGUCAGUGCUGAAUAGAUUACUUCACAUCGAAUACACAUGGAGUAAUCUAUCCAGUUGUCCUAUUUAUGAAAGAUGGUCAAUGUAUCAUUUCUUUAAGUUUUAUUUUUUUAUUGUAGUUUGGUCACACAUGAGGUUACGUUAACCACCCUGUGUUUAAAGAUUAAAUAUAGUCUUGACUACGGCUGGGCAAUAUGGACCAAAACUCAUAUCUCGAUAUUGUUUAGCCGAAUGGUGAUACUCGAUAUAUACCGAUAUGUAUUUUAUUAACAGUGGAAACACACACAACACAACAUAAAAAUGUUCCUUAAAUACAAUAAAAGAGAGAGAGAGGAGGAGCGGGGUUAAGAGGGACAGACAGUCAGUCAUCAUCAGUGAGAUGAGAAAAAAGUGACCUGGCACCUCUGUAACGUUAUUUAUAAUGCAACUUAAACUAUAUCCAUAUUAAUGAUAUUGUCUUACCCUAUAUCUUGUUUGAAAAUAUAAAGAUAUAUCUUAAAAACUCGAUAUAUUUCCCAGCCCUAGUCUUGGCCAUUCUAUUAUACAUCUACACUUCCAUCCAUUUACAUUUUCAAACAAAAUAAGAACCCAUCAUUUCCAUUGAGUUCAAAGAUUAAGGGUUGGUAUGGACUUCUCUGUAAAUUAACUACAACAUAGUCCUAAAAAAUGUAUCCUGGGUUAUCCUGUGCCUAAACUUUAACGACAGAAUGGUCACUUAUCACUUACAGUUAACAAUCCUACAUGGUAAAAAAAUAACAUUCACCUUAUAAAACCCUGAUUCACUUUUUUUUGUAGUUUUUUUUUUGUUUGUAAUUGUACUUUUCCCAAAGUUCUUCUUUUAAGUUUUGAAUUUUUUGUACCUUUUUUGAGUCGGAGGAAAGACUUAAUUGUGGCCAGAGAGGAGAUGACUGAAGUACAGCCGUGCAAUAUACAGUAUGAAGAGGUGGAGAUGGAUGGACUGUUAAAGUCAAAGUAUUCUCGCUCUUUCUGACUUAAGCCUUCUUCAUCAAACCUAUACUAUAGGUAAAAGAUGUAGCCUAUGUAAGUGGUCCUUGCCUUCAUGAGCCGAUAUUCUUCUAUUCCUGUAUUAUAUACUUCAAACAAUGGGGCCUGAAACUUGGCAGGAAAAGAAAGGUUGAAGCAAAGACUGCCAAUCCAAAGUCAAGUUUAAAUGCCGACAGGCUGGAGCGGCGAGCCACAAACUGGCUUCAAGCUUAAUGUCCUCCAUAGUUUGAAUGGGAUGCUACCAAAAAUAACCGACGUAUUGCUACAUUUCUGUGAAGGUGCAUGGCAGCCACGGUAGAGCGAGGAAGAAUAAAUCAUGCUUUUGCUGUUGAAUGUGACCCCUGCACUGCUAGAAUAAUGGACCUGUAAUGUACAAUAGACAAUACGAGGAGUAAUUACCUCAAAUGUAGCUGCAUAACUCCUCGUCAUACCUACCAAAACUCUGUGAAGGUACUGCCAUUAGGAAAAAUGUUUGCCAGUUGGUUAGUAUUUAAAAUGCAUGUAUCAAAGGAUUGCCCUCUCUAAACCAAAUGUUGCACUGACUAGAUUACAGCUGGCCCUGUUUUCUAAUCGAUGUUCUGUGUAUCCAGUCCAUUGAUCCAUGCUUGUGUACAUCUCAUUUUUCAGUCAAAUCAGAGAAGGAAUGCUACCUCUCUAAACUAUGGCAGGUUUUUUUUUGUGUGUAAUGCUCUGCCAAGUUAAUUUCACCAGCCACUGUUAAUUUUAUGUAAUUAUUUAUUUUCUAAACAGAUGAAUUAUUGAAGAAGUUGUACUUCCGCUCAAGGCAUCUAUUACCAGCCGUUUAACCAACUGUAAAAACGUCUUCUGCAUGCACUAGAGUUUUUCGAAAAUGCAGCUCUGAAAAACAGCCACCAGGUGUCACUGUUGUCAUUGUCACUGUAGGCUCCCUUUUCCUGUAUGACAGUAUGAUUAUUUUCUAUUACCACUGUAUCAUUAUAGAGUAUAUAUCUAGAAAAGAUCUAUCUAUAUAAUAUACAAAUGUAAUCACAGCCAUGAUGACACAUUUAACCCUUGUAGACCUUACCUGUAUUUUUUUUAUGUGUCUUUUUGUUUCCUUUAUUUAACGUUGGAUGUUUUUGCUGAAGAAUGUUUUUUUUUUUGUAAAUUAUUAAUCCACUGACCCUCUAUUUUCCUAAAAAUGGCUAAACUUCUUGCUGGAUUUCAUGCCAAAAAGGCUGUGCACGUGGAAUAUAUAAUUAAUUGUCAUUGUAUGAAGCUGCCAUUCAAAAAGCAUGUGUAGACAAUCCUUGUAUCUCGCUGUAUGAUCCUCAGUCUUUAUUCUUCUGUAAUGAAUUUCUAUUUUGCAACACUGCAUAUAUUUAUUCUAUUCUAUUUUUAGACUCAGAUGCACGUACACAGAAAUAAAGCUGACCUACGCCA